UUUAUUUGGCGGGUUUGGUGUGAGUUGGGCAGUACACUACGGUCACGGACACGGACUCACGGUGCUCUGUGGCAGUGCUCACUAAGCGGCACUUAACUGCUAACUGGCAACCGUGUUUAGCGGUACACAGACACGUCGUCAGCGGGAAGGGUGAGUCAUGCCAAAGCGGCCAGAUCCCAGAUGGACAGCCCCUGAGGGGGUGGAGGUGCCCCGGCUGCACUUGUACAACUCUUUCACACGCCGGAAAGAAGUGUUUGUGCCUCAGAGUCGAGUGGUGACGUGGUACAGCUGUGGCCCCACUGUGUAUGAUGACUCCCACAUGGGCCACGCCAGAUCCUAUGUGAGCUUUGACAUUCUGCGCCGUGUCCUGCAGGAUUACUUUGGGUUCCCGAUCCACUAUGUCAUGAACAUCACUGAUAUUGAUGACAAGAUUAUUAAGCGGGCCCGCACAAGGCACCUUAUCCAGCAGUACCGCAAAUCACAAAAGCAGUGGGAUCAGGUGUAUGAAGACCUCACUCGAGCAUUAGAGCAUCAUACCCAGGCCAUUGCAGCAACCACUGAUCCUGAUAAACGCAAGAUGAUGCUAGCUGAGGUGGAGAAGGUAAAAAAUGCAGCUGAUGCACUCAAGGCAGCCACAAAAGAUGAGGCUGUGAAGAAACAGGAGGAGCUGCUGAAGUGUGCUGAAGGGGUGCUGGGAGAAUGGCUCGACCAGCAAAAGGGGAAGGAGGUGACUGACAACUCCAUCUUCAGUGAGCUGCCUCGCCACUAUGAAGAUGAGUUCAACAAGGACAUGGAAGCCCUUAAUGUAAUGGAAGCAGAUGUGGUGACACGGGUAUCAGAGUAUGUGCCACAGAUUGUCGAUUAUGUGGCAAAAAUAAUUGAAAAUGGCUAUGCUUAUGAAGCCAAUAACUCUGUUUAUUUUGAUGUGGCCAAGUUUGAUGCUGAGCCCAACCACUACUAUGCUAAGCUGGUGCCUGAAGCAUAUGGCAAUCAGGCAGCUCUGGAAGAGGGAGAGGGUGCCCUGUCAGCUGCAUCGGCACAGGAGAAACGCAGCCCUAAUGACUUUGCAUUGUGGAAGGCCUCCAAGCCUGGGGAGCCAGCCUGGCCAUCCCCCUGGGGACCUGGACGACCUGGUUGGCACAUAGAAUGCUCUGCCAUGGCAUCCGAAAUAUUUGGGGAGUCCAUUGACAUCCACACAGGUGGUGUGGACCUAAAGUUUCCUCACCAUGACAAUGAAUUGGCCCAAGCCGAGGCAUAUUUCAACAAUGACUACUGGGUACGCUAUUUCCUCCACACGGGUCACUUGCAUAUAGAUGGCUGCAAGAUGAGCAAGAGUCUCAAGAACUUCAUCACCAUCAAGCAGGCGUUGGCUGAAAACUCCCCUGCUCUCUUGCGCAUCUCCUUCCUCCUCCAUUCCUGGAAGGACACACUGGAUUAUAGCUCCAACACAAUGGAGGGUUCACGUCAGUACUACAAGAUGAUCACAGAAUUCAGCCUCAAUGUUCAGGACUUGGUGCGACGUGCAGGGCUGUCCAGCACACAGUGGGCAGGACCUGAGGUGGCCCUGCAGGAGGCCUUCAAUACUGCCAGGUUAGAUGUGCACAAAGCUCUGUGUGAUAACAUUGACACCAGGACAGCUCUUGACACCAUCCGAGACCUGCUCACUGAGGCCAACAAAUACAUGAACAGCCACCCGCAGGUGAACUCGCAACUGCUGGUGAACAUCAACAGCUACAUCUGGAAGCUGAUGAAAAUGUUUGGUGUUCCUCAAGGAGAUAAAUCUUCCUCAGGUAGUCAGGAGAAGGUGGUGGCUGUGGCAGAGGUGGUGGGUAACAUUCGGGAGCAGCUGCGUCAGUGGUCAAGGGACAAGGAGCUGGAGGUUGGAGAAAUGCGGGGACGCCUGCUGGGGCUGUGUGACUCCAUCAGGGAUGAGUUGCUGCCACCCUUGGGCAUUAGACUGGAAGAUCGUGAAGCAGGUGCCCCAAGCAUCAAAGUAGUGGAUCCUGGGGAGUUGAUGGCUGAGAUAUGUGCCAAGAAAGAGCAGGAGGAGAUCCGGAGACAGGAGAAGGCCAGGAAGAAGGCAGAACAGGAAGCCAAGCAGCAGCAGCAGAAGCAGGAGAAAGCUGUCCUACCCACAGAUCCCAAGGAAAUGUUCCGUACCUCUGAAUAUUCACAGUGGGAUGCCAAUGGGUUGCCCACUCAUGAUGCAGAGGGAAAGGAGAUCACUAAGAGCCAAACCAAGAAACUCACAAAGUUGAUGGAGGCACAGAGGAAGAAGUUUGAGAAGUGGCAACAACAGCAGAAUUCAUAGUGCCUUUUGCUUCUGGUUUAUCUAAUCUUCUCCAUCCAUCUUUUCUUCCAUUCCCUCACUUGGAAUCUGUCUCCUCACCUACUUUCAUUUCCCCAUUCUUCUUUAUCUUUUCUUUUUGUCACCAUGAUUCCUUCAUCUUUUCCCUCUUUCUCUCCCUUUUCUUUCUUGUUCAUUAAGAUGCAGCUUUGGAUAAUAGGAAAUAUAAAUGAUUUUUUUUCAGAAAAGCAAAUCAGUUAUUUUUGUUAACUCUGAUUUUACUUGGUAGAUUUCAGUACACAGUACUGUUUUUGAAAGUAAACAAGAUCCAAGAAGCAUUAUGGGUGUACGUGCUACAUAAUUAUGGACACUAAACAAUGACCUACAUAGGAAGACUAACUAAACACGUUAGCAACAAGUAACUGCUUACUGACUUCUGUUUAUGUAUUAGAUAAUUGAUUGAAUUUUGAUAUCUUGAUUUCAGCAAUUAUAACAAUCAUAUCAAAUUGUAGCCAUGGUUCCAAUUGAUUACUUGUCAUGAUUUGUGAAGUUCUUUUUUUUCUUGUAUUUUCUAGUUAUUUAUAACAAAAUCAGUGUCUUGAUCAUUGAGAAUUCCUCCUCUUUAUUUUGUUGUUAUAAUAAAUAUUGCAUUCUCUCUCUCUCUCUCUCUCUCUCUCUCUCUCUCUCUCUCUCUCUCUCUCUCUCUCUCUCUCUGUAAUAAUCAUUGUUAAUAAUCUCAGUGGUGGUGAGAUCUGUGAUUCGUCCAUAGAUUUUUAAUACAGCACACUUACAAA